AUCACCGAAGGCAAAGUUCGCACGUGCAUCAUGCGACACCGGCGUGCGCGAACUAAACGAAUAGCGCGUGAUGAGGGGACAUUUCCAUUCCCUGGCGUAUGAGAUUUCUCAUGUACACAAGUGAACGGGUAAUAACACGAUUCAUUGGUACCUGUAUUUGAAUAGCACAUGAGUGAAAUCGGUGGAUACGUACCGUAUUGUGUUUUAGCCUCGUAAGUGUGGGGUACUAAAUAAAGAGUAAAGUGAUCAAGGCAAGUUUGCAGGUCAAGCAACCAUGGACGCUGUAAACUGAAUUAGGGUCUGCCAUGGAUGCUACACAAGCAAUCAUCUUCUCUGAUGAAGAAGAUAGUGAACAAGAACAAGGAAGUGGAGAGAAAAAGGCUGUUGCUUUUCUUCAUGUUUUGGCUCAGAAAGAGCUGUCUGCUGUCAAACAUCCAAUCUAUGAAGGUGAUAAUUACAUCGGUCGUCAUGAUAGCAAUUCUAUCCACAUGCCUUUCAAGGCAUUGUCCAAGCAGCAUGCCUGUAUUGAAGUUCAAGGGAAUUCACAUCUUAUCUAUGAUAUGGAGAGCAGAAAUAAAACAAGGAGAGGCAAGAUGUUUUUGAAACCUAAUGUGCGGUAUGAGCUGCGAGACGAUGAUGUCAUCAUCUUCGGUGAUGUCAAGUGUCAAUAUAUUCUCCAGUCAGAACAACGGGAAGAUGAUGAUGAUACAGGUUCUGAUACCGAUUCUGAAUUGAUGCUUCAACCACCAGAUUCUGAAGAUUUAGAUCAAGAUGAUUACAAGAGCAAAGAGGAUGAGAAUGACAAUGAAUCAAGCUUCAGCAUAAACGAUUUUUUGCAGCCAACACAACCAUGCAUUAAAAAUGGAACUGUUGAUGUUAUGGCAACUCAAGCUGUAGAUAAUAUGGAAACACAAGCCAUCGACAACAUGGCCACCUUAGCAGUGGACAGCCCGGAAACACAGGCCGUUGAUGGUAUGGAGACACAAGCCGUCGACAACAUGGCAACAUUAGCAGUCGACAGCCCGGAACCGCAGGACAUUGAUGGUAUGGAGAAUCAAGCCGUUGACAACAUGGCAACAUUAGCAGUCAACAGCCCGGAACCGCAGGACAUUGAUGGUAUGGAGACUCAAGCCGUCGACAACAUGGCAACGUUAGCAGUCGACAACUUGGAAACACAGGCUGUUGAUGGUAUGGAGACUCAAGCCGUCGACAACAUGGCAACGUUAGCAGUCGACAACUUGGAAACACAGGCUGUUGAUGGUAUGGAGACACAAGCCGUUGAUAACAUGGCAACAUUAGCUGUUGACUACCAAGCAACUCAGGCUGUCGAUGGUAUGGAGACACAAGCUGUUGACAACAUGGCAACGUUAGCAGUCGACAACCUAGAAACACAGGCCAUUGAUUAUGGUACUCACAGUGAUUCUUCUGAUACAGAUAUAGAUGAUGAUGAUGUCAGGCAGAGUAUACUAGAAGCUCCAACCCAAGCUGUAGCACUCAACGAUUCAAGACAGCAGGGUACACCUAAGGAAUGUACCCGGACCUUAGUCCUCGAUUCCUCUGCAGAUUCUAGCGAUAUAGAUGACAGUCCAGUCAAACAGACAAGAAACGUGUAUGAUGAUCCUACCCAAAUAUGUGACAGUAUAGUCUCGGAUUCAGGCUCAGAGACAGACAUUGAAGAUCCAAGUAUGAUUCCUGACACUCAAGCUGAUGUCACAGGAGCAAGUGAAGUUGAUGAGAUGGCUGCCGUAGCGAUUGAUCAAGAUGAUGAAAUCUUGAAGGAUAGAAGCGAGGAUAGAACGGACAGCUCAGAAGGAGACGGACUGAAUGUACCACAACUACACAGUAGUGACGAUAACACGGAGUUGGACAAUGACAUGGGGAAUACCUCUCAAGAAUAUUUCUUGAAUUACAGGACUAAUGAGACUCCUGGAGAUGAGACGCCCUCUAAUCCAGCUGACGUUGAGGUGCCUUCUAGACCAGCUGACAUUGAGGCUACACAACCCUAUCAAGGUCACUCAGACGAUGACAACACAGAGGAUACGCCGUCUAAACCAGGUAACAUUGAACCUACGCAACCUUAUCAAGGUCACCCAGAUGGUGAUAGCGCAGAUGAGACACCUUCCAGACCAGAUGACAUUGAGGCUACACAGCCUUAUCAAGGUCACUCAGAUGAUGAAGGUUCAGAGGAGACGACACCCACUGACCAAGACAAAGUUAAUGUUACCAGCCUUGAUGCUACACAGCGGUAUGGUGAUAUCAACAAGGAUGAGCCAACAGAAGAACCAACACCUGCAUCGUCAGUCACCAUGGAAAUGCCAUCAUCUGUUACCAUGGUAAUACCAUCCACUCAAGCUGAUGAUGCUAAAGAGAAGCAACCUGAUUCGCGUGAUGAUGAUGAGACGGACCCAACUGUGCCGUAUCACACAGAAGAUGAUGUUGACAUGGAAACAGGCGAUAGUGAAAUAGAAUGCACCCAGGCUUAUGGAAUGCAGGGCGGUAACACGCAAGUUCCUGAUAGUCAAGAUGCUGAUGAUGAACCCACUUCUUCCAGAUUUCCAGUCUUCAAGACCCAAUCGCCUUCAAGAUCCUGCCUGAAACAACCAAAUACACCAGACAGAAAAGCAACAAAAGCUAGGAGAGUCAUGUUUCAAUCUACCGAGGAUGAAGAAAGUAGCCAGGAAACUGAUGGAGAUACUGAGCCUUUGAAACGCAGUGUUCGGUUUAGAGGACAGGCUAAAGGUAGUAAGAGCCUUGGGGUAGAUGAGGAACAGUCAACAUCCAAAGGAAGUAGGAGAAGCAGUUCCAGAGUGUCGCAGAGGAAGGAAGAUGAAGAGGUGAAAGAGGCUCAAAAUGUUGUUUCUGGACGAAAGGGUAGAAGAUCCAAAGCUGUAGAAGAAGCAGCCAUGAAAUCUGGCCAAAAGAGGAAGGCAGAUGCCUUAGAACAGUCAUCUGCUUCCUCAACCAUGGUGAACAAAGCUGAAAGCAAUGCAGAGAGGGGGAAGAAGCAAGGAAGGCGUAAGGUAGAGGAGGGAAUGAAGGAAGAUACUGUUGAUGGGGUGCUGACUGUGACUGAUGCUAAACCAACUAGGAAGAAGGAAUUUGAUGAAGAGAACCCAAGGCCUUCAUCAGGCAAGGAGUCGAAGGUCAAUGAUAAGAGGAAGCUAUCCGAUAGCAGCAUCUCAUCCGUUGGGUCUGAAGGAAGUAAAGCAGGAAGAGCAUUAAAAACUAUUGUACAGAUAGGGAAGAAACUCACUAGGGGUAGCAAGAGAGGGAAAAAGAGUGUUGGAGGUGGUGAGUCAACUAAUGACUCUCUUCCUGUAGUGACAAAGACGCUACAGAAUACUGCAGAAGUUGUUGACGAUGGUGAUAGUGAUGAUACUGCAUCGAUAUCCUCUACUGCAUCAAGUAUAAGGGACUUUGAUGAAGUCAAACCCAGCGCAAGACCUACAAGAGGUACGAGGAGUCGGAGGAGUAAGGUUGCUGAUGAACCUGAUAGCCAGUCAUCAUCUGGCAUCAGGAAAUCACAAAGGGGAGGAACUGAAAAAGAAAUUACUCCUCCAGAGGAGAGUAAAAAGAAAGUUGGUGGUAGAGCGAAAAAAGGAGUAGCUGCAGAAACUGUUGUUACAGAAGUAGAUGGGCCAUCAACACAGAGUAGUAGCAGGACAAGGAGAAGUGAAAGAUCUACACAAGGAGAUGAGCUAUCCUCGCAGGACGAUAGUCAGAAAGGUGUAUCUACAAGAGGAAAGAAGGGCAUAACGAAUGAGGAGGAGGUGAAGAGUAAAAGGACUAGAAGGGGUGCUAUGCAAGAGGCCAAACCAGACACUCAAGAAACGAACCCUAAAGGAAAUGAAAAUAUAAAAGCCGUAGAACUUAAGUCUGAAAUAGGUAAAACAAGUAAAAGAGGCAAAACAAAAGCUCAACGUUCUGGUGAGAGUGAGCAAAAUGUCUCUGCAGAUGCUUCAAUGCGGGAAGAUAAAGAAUCGCAGGAGACUGGCUCAAAGAGGAAGAGAAAUGCCACGAGUGAAAGUCAGGAAGGUUCUCCUAAAGACACUACAGAGGUUAAUGUUAGGCAAAGUGGAAGGAGAAGAACAUUACCUGCAAGGUUUGUUGAUUCCGAAGUUAAAGGUAAAGACGGUGGAAAGAAAGCAGCAUCAGAGCAUGAAGUGGAAGACGAGGCCGAUGCUGGUGUGUUUGCUGUCCCCAAAGCUGUUGGAAGACCUUCCAGGAAAACGCAAAAAGGAGAACCAUCGCCUUCUUCUCAAGGAGAAGUACAGUCUGAGACGGUUCAGACCAGUUCUAGAGGGAGAAGAUCAACAGCGAAGGUCACGGAGGAAGUAGCAGAAGAGGAAAGAUCAGAGCAGCCGGUUAAAGAAAAUACAAGAGGUAGUAGAAAAAGGGGGCAAGAAGUUCUUGCCACAAAGUCAGCUGUAGAUUCGAAAGCUGAGGAGACCAUGGCCACUCCUAAGCAGAGAAGAGGAUUGGCCGCAGCAGUUAAAACCUCUGAAGGCCCAUCGAAGGUAGAGAUCUCAGAAGACCUGAAAGAAGAUGCCAAAGAGAGCCGAAGAAGAGGGAGACAGAAACCUGCAGAGGAUGCAGCAGCAUCUGAGAAAAGCGUGGUUACUCCCACUUCAAGAAGGGGUCAAACUGCAGUAGCAGCGUUGCAAGCUAAAACUUCCAAAGAUGCCGAAAGAGAUGAACAGAGCAAAGAAGCCAAGAGUACUGAAGUGGCCAAGUCAAGAGGAAAGAGAGGUGCCACGUCUCUCACGCCCUCACCUACCUCCUCCCCAUCUUCAGCAGCCAAGAGAUCCAGGCAAACGGCUGUGUCAUCGCCCUCUAUCAGCCCUGCGAGAAGGUCAAUGCAGAGACGUGGUGAAAACAAACCAAAGGUCAUGUUUACAGGGGUCAUGGAUGACUCGUGGCAGAAGGCUGUAACCACGUUGGGAGGAGAGCUGGGUAACUCCGUAGACGACUGUACUCAUCUGGUAACAGACAAAGUCCGGAGGACCGUCAAGUUCUUGUGCUCAAUGGCCCGUGGUAUUGCCAUCGUAAAACCAACAUGGCUCGAAGCUUCUAUGAAGGCGAAGGCAUUCGUUGAUCCGAGUCCAUACCAGCUUAAAGACAAGGCAGCCGAGAGGCAGUAUAGCUUUAGUCUGAAUACGUCCCUUGACAAAGCAAAAGAAGCCAAGCUCUUUGACGGAUACAAACUACAUGUAACUCCUGGUGUCAAGCCAGACCCUCAGCAGAUGAAGGAUAUCAUCAAAUGUGCCGGAGGAGAGUAUGUUGCCAGGUUACCUACCAAACCCAUCCCCCAGUUGGUACUAGUGUCAUGUGAUGGAGAUAAAUCGCUAUGGGCGGGACCUCGUAAGGCUGGUAUCCCUGUGGUCUCAUCGGAGUUCAUAUUAACGGGAAUCCUUAGACAAGCCAUCCUUCUCGACGACUAUCAGCUCAAGUAGGGAUGAAUAGGAUUAGCAGCAUUCCAUCUCGUCCAGUGAGGUUGUCUAUCAGUGGUGUUAACUCCUGCUAACCCUUAAAGCUGCCAUAGCUCUGUACAGUGAUCUAUAAGCUGUGCCAAAUACACAUAUUGUAGCAUGUUCACACAUGCAUAGUAAUUACGUGUACCUCUGCAACAAAAUCUGGCACAGGGGGCAUAUGUUGCUAGCACAAUAAGGGUUAUCGUAAGCUUGGCAAGUAUCCAAAACCCAGCCAUGGUACUAUGCCUUCGAGCAAGGUAUUUUAUCUACAUGCAGUGUUUUUCUACAUCUUCGGAAGUUAAUGUUUAAGAAAUGGAAGAGUUGUUGAUUGGAAGAGCUGUGGUGUGGUUCCGCCUCUCUCAUUGUAAUCAGAGGUGUGUUUGAAAUCCACUCCAGCCUAGUGUGAAUCCACCCUUUGCCACUCUGCACCCAGGUGCUAAAUGGGUACCCGGUAGGAAUUGAAAGUCAUCGUCCUUUGUCCAGGAUUGUGUGCACCUCAUUGACUGGAACGCUCCCCAGGGAGGGGAGGAUGUGCAUGCAUUUUGUGCAGGAAUGUCUGAAAUAAUAACUUUGUGAGUGCUAAGAUACAUGUACAUACUGUACAGUGUAUGGUUUAUUUAUAUUGCUUUAUAGCUCCAUUAACAACAUGAUUCUUAGGAUUUAUUUAGUCUAUUCAUCUAGUGUGACUAAACUUGGCAUCAAUUUGUAUACAUAGCUGGUGGGACAUCAUGUACCAAAAUCAAUUUUACAGAGGCAGGUGACAUUCUUCAUGCCUUGUUGCAAAUAGCUCGAGACUACUUAAAAUUGUUGAAAAUGGAGAAUGCUGUGGAUGACAAUUUGUAAUUAAAAAGUCACUGGUUUUUAUAUCAGGCCACCCAAAAAUGGAGAAAAAAAUUGUAUAAUUAAUUCAAAAUAAGACUAAAAUUGUCAUAUUUUUAAGCUAAGGAAAUAUGUUAUGAUUCACAUUCCAGAUGGGAGGUUGUUUUUUGUUUUAAUGUAGACAAUAUGAAAUGAAAUGUCGGAAUGCAUUAUGUAGUACCAUCUUUCUCCUUGCAUGCCAAACACACACAUCUCUUGAAUGCAAUAUUCCUUCACAUGUCACCCUGUAUCUUUUUAAUAUUGUCAGCUUGUUUACAUCUAUGUGCCAUUCCCUAGGUUGACAGAAUGCCUUUCAGUAUGGCCAAGUUACUGUAAUUUGCCAUGUAUUAUGUUUUAUUCGUAAUGCAAAGCAAAUAUAUUGCCUAACAGAUGAAUAAAUUAGUCUGAAUCUUAAUGUGAAUAUGCAAUUUCACAACUUUAUACAGCAUCUAAUGUGGCAAGACAUAUGUAAAUUAGUUGUAUCAUUCAAGUCAAGGCUUGAAGUUGUUUGUGUUUUCAUGAUUUUUUUUAAUUGCAUAAUUAUUAAACUCAUUCUUGGAUUAUUGAGAAGGUAAAAUUCUCCCUUUUUUACACUGUACAUGUUGAUGGAUACAGUAGGGCAAUUCCAUAAAUGAUCAACCUUUUUGUACGUUCGACCCCCACCUAUCUCAAGUUUUACUUCACUUUAUGAAUUUACCAAGUCAUGGUCCUUUGGGAACAUUACAGACUUACAUAAGAACCAGAAAUCAGAGACAGAAAAUUUCAUGAAGGUCCCACAUUUUAGGGGGUCGGACGUAUAUAUUUUAAGGAAUUGCCCUAUUUUCAUAUCAGAUCAGUCUUUUUUAUUUCUAUAUGUCACGCACAAUUCUUGAAGAUAAAUUUUGUCUUUGAUAAUGUUAUAUAUGGUGGCAUGCUGUUUUUCUGAUGUAAUGCAUAUAAGUUUCAGAUUGGGAAAAAAAAAUCAUCUGUCCUACUGUACAUGUAUCCCCUUUUCCAUCCUUUUUUAGUUAUCUCAGAUGUCGGUUCCGUUCAGUGGGUCCAAACAUCCAAUCUAGUUAUAUUUGCAAACUUUGACUAUAUUUAUCAGUGUAGAAAUUUUAUGAAUAUUCCCGCAAGUCUUUUAUGCACCAAAGAAUGUAAAUAUUGUAUAGAAUACAUUUUGUAAAUUUGUUUUAAUUCAUUUGCCUUCUAUAGUACCGAAGUGUGAUGUCAUAAAUUUUCAAUUUUGCAUGUCAGCGUAUUUCAAAACCAUAUUUUGGUAGAGCGUGAUGAAAAACACCUGCAACCCAAAUUUGGUGGGAAUCGGUCCAUGGGGGCCUUAGAUACGACCUCAUGAAUACAUAAUUAGCUCCAUUGAAGUCAAUGUAUUGGCCUGAUUCCUAAUAUUUAGAACUAGGCCAAUAAUACAUUGACCUCAAUGGGGCUAAUUAUGUAUUCAUGGGGUCAUUUCUACGGCCCCCAUGGUACGAUACCCACCAUAUUUUGGUAGUGUUUUGCAUCAUGCUCUACCAAAAUAUGGUAUCGAAAUGGCUGAAAUGCAAAAAAAGGAGUAUUUUGUGGCGUCUUAACUUUGGUACUAUACAUGUCAUGUGUAGGCCUAUACCAUUUUAUUGCAGUCAUACCUACAAACCAACUCCAAUCCUCCACAUAUUAAAUCUUAUAGAGAUUGAUGGGAUUGGAGUCAAUUUGACUGUUAUGCCUGCUUCAUUAUGUUGAAAAGGUUAAGAUGAAUAUAACAACAAAAAAACUGCCAAAGGAA